AUGUUUCGAAAUGUUGGGCGUUUAUUUCGAUACUCUCUUGACAGAAGAUGUUCAAAUUUAGUAGAUGUGGAUUCAAAUAAAGUGUACGAUGAGUUGCUGAAGAAAUCAUACUUACUACCUGAAAAUGGGCAUAAUGUUGUGAUUAUUCAACCACAUUUAAAAGGUGUAUUUUACACUAGGAUCAACAACAGCCUAUCAUACUCACCUAAAAAUGAUCCCAAUGUAGACGAAGCUAUCGCUCUUGUGGAUUCAUUAGGAUUUUGGACUACCGUUGGUGUGUCUGUUCAGACUGGUGAUACACUUCCUAACGAAAAAAAUAACUCAUCCUCUGAUCAUACAGUUAAAAAGCGAGCAACAGCAGUCCUCGUAAAUUGGCCUCGUUUAACAACACUACAACUGGCACUUAUGCAACAGGCCUGGCUAAUGCCUGUUUAUGAUCGUUACACCAUCGUUGUUCAGCUUUUUAAUCUUCGAUCUCGUACUCCAGAAGCAAAACUUCAAGCAAAGUUAGCUGAAAUUGGAUUACUUCGAGCUCGUAUUCCAGCAUUUUUUGAAACACCUAAUAUGAUUAAAUGCUUGGUUGAUAGGUCAGAUUUCGCUACAAAGGAACGUUUAUUACAAAUACUUAAUCAGACAGAAGUUAGUCUUUUAAAUCAACUGGAAAAAAUUUCCAAACAACGUAUUCAUCAUAGGCGUAAUCAUAGACGAGAUAUGGAGAAACAUCAUUUACCACUGGUUGCUGUUGUGGGAUAUACCAAUGCUGGUAAAACAAGUCUUAUACGCUAUUUAAGCAAAUCAGACAAACUUGCUUCAUCCCCAGAAGUGUUCGCCACUUUGGAUAUCACACAUCAUCGAAGUCGGUUGCCUAUACUUCCAAAUAAAGUAGAAGAGAACAAUAUGACUUCUGAUCAGUUGUUUUCUGAGAAUGGCAGCGAUGGUGGUUGUUCUAAUAGUAUAGGGUUGCCUGGGAUACAAAUGUUACUGUUGGAUACAAUAGGAUUUAUGUCUGAUCUUCCAACAAAUUUAUUGGCUGCGUUUCGAGCUACUUUAGAUGAAUGUUUAGAUGCAGAUCUAAUUUUGCACAUAGUUGAUGUAAGUCAACCUGAAUGGCAAUUACAAGUGAAUCAUGUAGAGGAGCUGUUGUGCAAUAUUGGUGUUAUAAAAAAACCGACAAAUUCUGGACACACAAACGAUUCCAAUGCAUUUGAACCACCUCAAGUGUUAAAAAUCGGUAACAAACUAGAUCGAAUUGAAUCAAAUGAUGUGUACACUGGAUUUGAUGCAUUAAUAUCUGCUAAAACUGGGACAGGUAUGAAAGAGUUGACUUCAAAAGUUCAACUAGCUUUAAUGAAACGUCUUGGAUGGUUUUCACGCACCUUGGAUGUUCGCCAAGGUGGUCCUAGUUUUCAAUGGAUUUAUUCUAAUGCUAUGGUCACAAGCGUGGACACCUCCCCUUCGAGUUCAGAAAGGCUUAGAAUAACUGCAAUAUUCACUCCUGUCGGUUGGAUUAAAUUUUGCAGAACAUUUAAAAUGGCAUCCUCUGAAAAUGUUUCGUAA